AUGCUGUACAACGAGCUCAAGAUAAUGAAGGCCAGCGACCCGGUAGCCGGCGCCUCAUCCGGCUGCCUGGCGGCCAUGGUCGCCAACGGCAUCUUUCCCCCCAAGACAAUGAAGGAGGAGUUGGAGACGCUCUCUGAGUUUUGCAGUAGCCAUGGCAAUUGCGGCUGGCAGCUAAAGGAAGAGGUGGCAAAGGUGAUCAGGCAGCAGCUGGGAGGUGACGCAGCGGAGCGCGUCAACAAGCACGGCAGGACGUACAUCGCAAUCACGUUCCCCGACCCAGCCGGGAAGAAGCCCGCAGAGCAGCGGCUGAUCAGUCGCUUCAAGGAUACUGAGGACUUGAUACAAGCAGGGGAGGCGUCAAUCUACGUUCCCUUGUGGGGCGGCCCCACCAUGACCACCACGUUCCGCGGCGAGCCUGCAUACGAUGGCUCCGUCGCCGGCCCCGGGAGCGGCUAUUUGCCCUGUCCCCCAAACGUCACAUACUGUAUCCGCAUCAACGCCCGCCCCGCGGGCCAGACCGUCCUGGGGUACCUCACCAGCGACUUCAUCCGCGACGCCCCGGGCUCGGCCGCCUUCCUCGCGACUGCUGUGGGCAAGACUGUUCUCAACGGGAACCUUGCUUCCGGCGCGACGCGGGCAGUGGGCGCCUAUGCAGCCGGCAGCCCGCAAAAGGUGGUGAACGAGGCGGGCAUGCUGGUCCAGCUCCUGGCGGCGAUUAACAAGCAAGUCAUGCCGGGAGAGGGCGACGCCGACAUCUGGCCGGGGCGGCGCCACAAGCUGCCAGUGUCGCCGUACGUUUGGACGGGCUGGGCGGGCGCGCCGCCGGGGCACGAGGGCCUCUACCAGAUGUACGAGCUCGGCCGGGCCGAGGCGCUGACCUGGGCGCUGGAGGCGGGGUUCCCGCAGGCGAAGGGCUGCAAUCUGGAGCGCCGCACGGGCCCCAUGGCCAUAGGGCCGACGCCAAAGCCCAAGCGGCGCUAG